AUGUGUAUAUGUGCAGCCGACCCAGCCUAUGUAAGUAGCGCAUCUCCUAUCUCAUUUGUCGUGCGUAUUGUGGCUAAUCAAUCUCCAAUAAUAAGAGAUCAGAAUUAUGGGGUUUCACAAGCCGCACGAAGUGCCGCCACUGGGCGCAGGUCCAUUACUGGUUCCCAAGCCAUACCCAUCACAAGAGAGUCAAUUUUGGAACUGUCAGGUCCAAUGUCUGGCGAUUUCAGUGCAGAAGAGUACUCAUAUGAAGCUUCUAAUAUAGAACCACCAUCCGUGCACUAUUCGGACUUGUCCCUUGGUUUUGAUUCGCUUCCCGCUCAUACCGAUCUUUCUCGCACACACGUCUCAGGAUCAAGCCCUCCACUUGAUUUCCCAGGAGAGAGAAGCGAACAAAGACUCGGUCUUCCUACGGUAACCACGGGAGUGUUAUCCAAUCAGCUGAUUCACGUUCCUGGUGGCGUGGACCAGUUCGUUUCCUUUCCCAACACUCCAGAUGCGCCUAUGCCUGCAAAACUUCUCAUUCAGUACUACAUAACUCGCCUAGCACCAUGGAUGUCUUAUCUUGACGACACUUUGACUCCUACUUCACCCCGUCUCGGGUGGCUGCAGUUCGCCGUCAACCACUCCCCUUUAUUCCACGCCACACUCCUCACCUCCGCAGUUCAUCUCAACCGAAGAAAGAAGCUUAAAGAUCCAUCUGCACUUCUAUUCUACAAGGUAGAAACUAUUCGCCACGCAAACGAGAUGAUGAGUUACGGGAGUAUCGAAGAGAAAGCAAGUGAUGAGAUGAUUAUCACAGCAUUGUGUCUUUUGUAUUUUGAUAUUAAUGGAGAGGUUAGGGUUGAAGAGUACAUGGUUCAUUUAAGGGGCAUUGAGAAGAUGCUGGCUGUUAGAGGUGGCAUAGAAAAUUUGGGCAUGAGGGGUAUUGUCAAAAAUUGGUUGAAAGUUUGUCAUGGACCAUGGAGUCCUGGUUUUGUUGAAGGUGGAUUUUGA